AUGGCGAGCCGGGCGCCGCUGAGAGCCGCGCACAGUCCGCAGGGUCCCCCAGGCCAGGCCGCGCCCGCCGCCACCGGCCGGGCCGCGCUGCCCGGCGCAGGCUGCUGUCCCCUCCCUCCUGGCAGCAACUCCUCCUCCAGGCCUCGGCUGCUCCUGCUGCUGCUCCUGCUGCUCCUGCUGCUCCGGGACGCUGGAGCCCAGCAAGGUGAUGGAUGUGGACACACUGUACUAGGCCCUGAGAGUGGAACCCUUACAUCCAUCAACUACCCACGCACCUACCCUAACAGCACCGUGUGUGAAUGGGAGAUCCGAGUAAAGAUGGGAGAAAGAAUUCACAUCAAAUUUGGUGACUUUGACAUUGAAGAUUCUGAUUCUUGUCACCUUAAUUACCUGAAAAUCUAUAAUGGAAUUGGAGUCAGUAGAACGGAAAUAGGCAAAUACUGUGGUCUGAAUUUACAAAUGAAUCAGUCAAUUGAAUCCAAAGGCAAUGAAAUCACAGUGCUGUUCAUGAGUGGAAUCCAUACUUUUGGACGAGGAUUUUUGGCUUCAUACUCAGUUAUAGAUAAACAAGAUUUAAUCACUUGUUUGGAUAUUGUAUCUAAUUUUUCGGAACCUGAGUUCAGUAAAUACUGCCCAGCUGGCUGUCUGCUCCCUUUUGCUGAAAUAUCUGGAACAGUUCCUCAUGGGUACAGAGAUUCUUCGCCAUUGUGCAUGGCUGGAAUCCAUGCAGGAGUAGUGUCAAACGUCCUGGGUGGCCAGAUCAGUGUUGUGAUUAGCAAAGGUACCCCAUACUAUGAAAGCUCUUUGGCUAACAACGUCACCUCCGUGGUGGACUAUUUAUCUCCGAGUCUGUUUACAUUUAAGACAAGUGGCUGUUAUGGGACUCUGGGGAUGGCAUCUGGGGUGAUUGCCGACGCCCAGAUAACAGCAUCUUCUGUGCUGGAGUGGACUGACCACACGGGCCAGGAACACAGCUGGAGACCGGAGAAAGCCCGGCUGAAAAAACCCGGGCCUCCCUGGGCUGCUUUUCCCACUGACGAGCAUCAGUGGCUGCAGAUUGACCUGAGUCGGGAGAAGAAGGUAACAGGUAUUGUAACCACUGGAUCUACCAUGGUAGAACACAAUUACUAUGUGUCUGCCUAUAGAGUUCUGUACAGUGACGAUGGGCAGAAAUGGACUGUGUACCGAGAACCUGGCAUGGAGCAGGACAAGAUAUUUCAAGGAAACAAAGAUUAUCACAAGGAUGUUCGUAAUAACUUUUUGCCACCAAUUAUUGCACGUUUCAUUAGAGUGAACCCUGUCCAGUGGCAACAGAAAAUUGCCAUGAAAGUGGAACUGCUUGGAUGUCAGUAUAUUCUCAAAGGCCGUCUUCCAAAGCUUACUCAGCCUCCACCACCUCGGAACAGCAAUAACCUCAAGAACACUACAGCUCAUCCCAAACUAGGUAAAGGUCGUGCCCCUAAAUUUACUCAAGCACUUCAACCUCGAAGUAGGAAUGAACUUCCUGCACGGACUGCACAGACAACUACCACUCCUGAUAUCAAAAAUACGACUGUAACUCCCAAUGUAACCAAAGAUGUCGCACUGGCUGCUGUUCUUGUUCCUGUGCUGGUCAUGGCCCUCACCACGCUCAUCCUCAUUUUAGUGUGUGCUUGGCAUUGGAGAAACAGGAAGAAGAAAACCGAAGGCACCUAUGACCUACCGCACUGGGAUCGGGCAGGUUGGUGGAAAGGAGUGAAGCAGUUUCUCCCGGCCAAAUCCGUGGAGCACGAGGAGACGCCAGUUCGCUAUAGCAAUAGUGAAGUGAGUCACCUGAGUCCCAGAGAAGUCACCACAGUGCUCCAAGCUGAUUCUGCAGAAUAUGCACAACCCCUCGUGGGAGGAAUUGUUGGCACACUCCAUCAGAGGUCUACCUUCAAACCUGAAGAAGGAAAAGAAGCAGGCUACGCGGACCUAGAUCCUUACAACUCUCCAGUGCAGGAAGUGUAUCAUGCCUAUGCUGAACCACUGCCCAUCACGGGGCCUGAGUAUGCAACGCCAAUCGUCAUGGACAUGUCAGGGCACCCCACAGCCUCAGUUGGUCUGCCCUCCACAUCCACUUUCAAAACGGCAGGGAACCAACCUCCUCCCGCGUUAGUGGGAACUUACAACACACUUCUCUCCAGGACUGACAGCUGCUCCUCGGGCCAGGCUCAGUAUGACACCCCAAAAGGUGGGAAGCCAGCUGCUGCCCCAGAGGAACUGGUGUACCAGGUGCCGCUGAGCACCCAGGAAGUAUCUGGAGCAGGAAGGGAUGAGAAGUGGGAUGCUUUUAAAGAAAUCCUUUGAAGGUGGUGCUGCUUUUUACAAAGCAUCCAUUUAAAGCACAUGGCUUUUUAAUUACUUAGUGGUAGUAAUAGUAGAAUGUAUUAUGUAUCUGUCACUGAAGUGGGUAGGGGAAUGUGGUGACCGAGGUACAAGAAACUACUUAUCUUGCCAUCUUGCUUUAAAGGUGUUACUGUGUGGCACAGUUACUGCUUGCCUGUUACAUUUCAAACAUCCUGUUUGUUACUACUGUAAAACACUAUUUUUAAUACAGAAAAAGCUCCCUAUAAUGCACUUCAAAGAAACUGAAAAUCACUGAGUAUUUAUUACCAAUGCUGCAGGUACAUUAAUGAACUUGAGAUGGUUUGAUAAGCCUUGCUGGCAAUAAUGCAUGGUACUGUUCUUGAAAUAUCAAAUGGCUUGAAAUUCUCCCUUUGUGAAAGGUAGGUACUAUCACGUUCUCCUCCUCUGUCCACCCUGUAUUACUGUCUGCCAUCUUUUUCUUCACAACUACAGUCCAUAAACAUUGUCCUGGCUGCAGCCAUGGGCACUGCUCUGUAUUUCCCGAGGAAGGUGCAGAGUUGGAGCGCGUGCCUUGCAGUAAGCUGACUUCUUGUUUGGUGACACUCUUUUAACGCCUCCUGGCACAGGACCUGGUCUCACCUCUGCUCAUCCCACCCAGGACCUUUUGUGGCCUCGCUCCAUCCUGGGUUCAUAGAUGCUCGUGGCCUCUUUCAAUAGGCAGUCUAGAGAAACCAGUCUUCGGUUGUCAAAUAGUUUAUUUUAGUUUUCUUCAAUAAACUAUUAUAAGAAAAAGGAAGCCGACAUGAACCAGACCUGAUGGCACAGGCCUGCAGUCCCAAGUACCUGUGGCAAGAGGAUCCCAAGUUCAUGCUUUGAGGUCUACAGAGUAAAGUCAGGGUUAACCUAGGCCACUCAUAAAACCCUGUCUCAAAAUAAGAAAGGGGUGAGGAUAUGUCUUAGUGGUUUGUGCUUGCCUACAGCACGUGUGAGGCCUGAGAUUCAGUCUUAUAGUACAAAAAGAAGAACGGGCCACCAUGCCUUCUUCAGUUGUGUGUGAUUCUGUGGGAAUCUCAGUAGUCCUUUGUGUCAGACCUGGCUGACUCGUGCCAUAGCAUCUGAACUGAGCGGGAUUCUCCCCAGCGACCUGUCACUUCUUGACCUGCCUGCACUCGUUUCUGAUAGGGUACAUUAGACAUUGUAAUGGGUUAGGCUGUAGUGCGCGGAAACCACCUUCUGUAGGCUGACAAGCUAACUGAAGAAGCUCAUCAGAUGUAGACAUAAACUCUGUACCCCUCUGCACAAACAUGUUCGUUGGUUUAGUCUUAAAGUAUCCUGGGCCAUCAGGUCCUGGUCAUUUCUCUCAGCUUGGACCAUCCAGGUUGUACAUUGCCAACCCUCACUAAAUUUGGAUAAUGGUAAACAGUAUUGACUUUGCUUCCUUCUACAAGUCCCUCAGUAUUUUAAAACAUUGCUUCAGAAACAGCUGUUUGUUUCUGCAGGUUCCCUGCCUCUGCAUCCUCCUCCUCCACCUCCUCCUCCUCCUCUUCCUCCGAUUUUGUUGCUUUCAUUGUAAUUUGCCUUUUGUUUUGCAGAUUUUGAGGCACAAUUUCACUCAUUGAAAAAUCAAUGCACAUUUUGUUUCAAGGUAACGAAGCAAAAAGCACAGAUACUGAACUUGUACUGAUACAUUUAAGAAUGUGUAAAGCACAUGAUGCAGUUGCCCCCUUUCAGGUGGGAACAAAGUAAACCAUUUGCUGUUUUAUUUUUAUUCAUGCUUAAUACACAGAGAGUAUAGUUCUGUUUGAGUCAGAUUCCUGGUGGAAGCUUUAAGAGAGACAUUUUGAAGAUGAAGUCAUUUUCCCAAAGAAGCUUGCUAUUUUGUGUAACUGUGUCUCAGAUAAUUUCCCCCAGAACUUUCUAAAAAUAAAGUGAGGCCAUGUUCUCUAGUAUGAUGCAUAUUGUAAGACUUGAUGAUUCCUAUUGCCACUGUGCUGUCUUUGAAUUCUGCCCAUGGUUUUCAUAAAAUAUCCAAUUAUUUUUAUAUAUAUUUUUACUUUGCAGAUGAAGAGCUGAGCCUGGUUCAAAUGAUUUUUUUUCUGGUUUUGUGUUUUUACUUUGUUUUUGUAUUAUAGAUUGUUUUAGGUUCUCAGUUACUUACAUGUCUGAUACAGAGCUUUGGAAGACAAUCACGUAAAAUGUGAAAGGAACCAUUUCUUGACCAAACUCCUUGAUUUUGUUUUUAAUUCUUUGCUUGAAAUAUUCAAUACUUAAGUCACUGUGGUUUAUUCGGUUUUUCUUUUCCUGAUAUUACAAUUAUAGAAAUAUGUAGACAGCAGUGUGGCAAGCGUGGCCUUCGGAGGUUUCAGAAAAUUACACUGACUUGGCUGUUACUUGAUCCUUGGAACCAGCACAGAUAGAGAGAUUGUGAAUUCUGGUUUGCAUUUUGUUAAAUACUGUGUGUAGAUCCAAGUAGUCCCUGUUGAAAUGUGCCAGGUCCAGUCCAGUUAUUUAAUUCAUGUUUCACUGUUUGCACUUUGCAUUCAACAAUGGGUUGAUUCGCUGUUCACCUGGAGACUUUAUCCAGUCAUUACAGUUACGGUGUGUUCUGUGUGUGUGCUUCUCUCCCUGUCCCAGGGACGAAGCUUUACAUAUGGAUGUGUCCACAAAGUUGUGGCCAGGGAUUGAGCGGGAGCAUCUUUGCCUUGGCUCCACAUUGUCACCUGGGGAGUAGAAACCCAAGACCACUAAAAGGAACCCAGAGACUAUGGGGGACGCUGGAAGGUUUCCAGACCCUCUGAGGAGAACUAGCGAAGCUCUGUGUAGUUGUUAAUUCUACCUUUUGGUUUUGAACUUGAAGUCCCUAAACUGCAAAAUCUAGUGGGUGGGAUAGUUAGAGAGAAGGUGUUUAUGUUAACUGUGGCACCAAUUCUUACUUAGUCCAGCUUGUGUAUAGUUUCUCUUGUUUUCCAUUUGGGGCACUGGGAAUGGUAAAAACAAAACAUGUAUUGAAGUACAGAGGAAGUGAAGAUGGCGUGAGUGUCAGUUAUAAUCUCCCAGAAUGUAUUUUCUUACCUCGGCAUGUACUGUAGUCACUUGAUAUUUGUAUAUGUUGCUAGAAUUUAGGCUGUUGAAAUUAGUGAGAUUCUAAUGUGUUUUUAAUAAAUUAUAUAUGUGUGUCUUGCUCAGAUUAUUUGGAUUAAAUAAAACAACCUUGACAUCA